AAAGUGCUGGGACUGCCGACCUGAGCCACCGCGCUCCGCCCCAAGCUCAGGCUUGAAAUAGACUGGAUUAGGAAACGGAAAACAGCGAAUUGUCAGAGCUAGAGUCCCGCUCAGCAUCAGUUUGCGGAGCAGUCUAAGUAGAAGGAGAGAAGGAGAAUGGAGAAAGCAUGGGGCUGGAGGGACCAAAGUUCACCGAUGGCGGCCUGGGGGUGCGGGGCGUCGCGGCGGCGGCGGCUGCUGCGGCUGCUGCUGCUGCUGCUGCUACUGCUGGAGGCAGGAGGGGCGCGCGCGCUGUGGAGCGGGGAGGGCACCACCCCACAGCUGCAGGACAUCUUCCUGGGCCGCUGCGCCGAGUACCGCGCGCUGCUGAGUCCCGAGCAGCGGAACAAGAACUGCACAGCCAUCUGGGAAGCCUUUAAAGUGGUGCUGGCCAAGGAUCCCUGUUCCGUGCUUCCCUCGGACUAUGAUCUUUUUAUUAACCUCUCCAGGCACUCUAUUCCCAGAGAUAAGUCCCUGUUCUGGGAAAAUAGCCACCUCCUUGUUAACAGUUUUUCGGAUAACACCCGUCGUUUUAUGCCCGUGAGCGAUGUUCUGUAUGGCAGGGUUGCAGAUUUCUUGAGCUGGUGUCGACAGAAAAAUGCCUCCGGACUCGAUUACCAAUCCUGCCCUACAUCAGAAGACUGUGAAAAUAAUCCUGUGGAUUCCUUUUGGAAAAGGGCAUCCAUCCAGUAUUCAAAGGAUAGUUCUGGGGUGAUCCAUGUCAUGCUGAAUGGUUCAGAGCCAACAGGAGCCUAUCCCAUCAAAGGUUUUUUUGCAGAUUAUGAAAUUCCGAAUUUCCAGAAGGAAAAAAUUACACGAAUUGAGAUCUGGGUUAUGCAUGAAAUCGGGGGACCCAAUGUGAAUUUAUGCCAAGUGAACAAACAAUUAAGAAUGUGUAUGAAAAUGAAGUUCUAAUCAGUGACUAUCUGGGCUGGUGGUACGGGAGGUAAGAAUUUACCAAGACAGUUGAAGGUAAAGAAGGGCAGAUUUAUUAGUGAAAGUAUGAAAAUAUGUUGCAAGGGUGCAACAGGCAGGUCAACAAGAGAUGAGCUGACUUCAGGGAGACAAAGGCUUGCUGGGGUUUUUAUAGGAUUGUGCUUGUGCUGUGUGCUGAAGAGCACUUCGUGCAGUUCUGAUAACACCAAGUAAGCUAACUUGCCUUUUCCUAUCAGCUGAGGAUCUGGUGAUAGCUGGGCAUGGGAAAGUUGUGAGUUACUUGUGUAGAAAGCUGUGUAUCCUCAACCAUGAAGAAAACAGACUUAUAGCUUAUCUGCUUUCUCUUUUUGCUUUUCCCUGCUCCUGCCAGCCUGACUCCCUUUUUUCCUAAUUAGGACUCCACACCAACAAAGUUUGUUGUAAAUGGCAUUGAAAUAAAAGAAUCAACCUAGGUCUUCAACAAGAAAGGAUGGGCUCUAUGAGUUAUAGUCUGUUUAUGGAAGGGAGACCAUGCAGGAGCUAAAAACAAUGGCAGAAAAGUGUGUGUGUGUAUGUGUGUGUGUGUGUGUGUGUGUGUGUGUGUAUACACAGGAGCUAAAGCAGAGUACAAAACAAAUUGGAUAGCAGAGUCCCAUUGCUAUGUUUUAAGAAACUCGCAGAAAUAAAUAUAUUUUAAAAGUUUAGACCUAUAUACACCAAAAUGCCAAAAUGUUAACAUCAGUUAUCUCUAAGGGUAUAAUAUUUCAGGUAAUUUCUAAAAAAUUUUGUUUCUUUGCAUUUUCUAAUAUUUUUAAAUGUGUAUGUUUUGAUGGUUACUUAAAACUUUGAAUGAAUACACUGCAGUGUAAGGUGCACAAAUUGACAGGUAGCAUUGUGCUGAGCCCCUGGGGCACAUUGCAGAUAUGUGUCACUGUCUGGGGACGGACUGCUCAGGUGGCUGACAUCAUGCACAUGCACUGUCCCUGGCUCUCCCAGUGCUCCUGGCUGCCCAGCCUCAGGCCUGGGGCUGGGGUCCUCAGAGCAUCGUCUCCUGGGUCCCGCAAGUUUACCGGAAGUAGCCCUUUUUAAACCAGAGACAUUCCUUUUUCUUUCUGAGAGUAGAAUAUCCAGGAGCACAUAGUCAAAAGAAAUUACACUUAACCAAGAGAU